GGCCAAAAGUGUGUGCCUCCCCAAGGACAUGGAGCACCACUUGAAGCAACUGAACACCGAAAUGAAGUCAAUUCGGUCUGCUUCCAAGUCCAUGAUUUUGGCCUUGCAGAAGAACAACAUCACUUAUAAGAAAGUCCAAGAACUCCGCAAAACCACAAGGCAGGCGAUGGCGGAAGCCGAAGCAAAGGCGGCCGAACUAGAGGAGGCCGAAAGGAAAAUGACCGAGCUUCAAGCAGAGAACGGUCGGCUUGCCGAUCUGGUUAGCUCGGCUGAAGCGGAGAAGCAGAAAGCAGCCAUCGUUAUGAAGGACAAGUAUCUGCGGGAGUUGUUGAAGCUUGAGAAGAGAAAAGACGCCGAAAUAAGCGAACUAAAAGAGAGCGUGGAGGCGGCCGAAAAGGAGGGGUACAAGCGAGGUUACAAGGAGGCAGAAGAUGCCUAUGUCAAACAAUGCGACGCCGCCAAGGAGCUUUUCUUCAAGUAUGGCCGAACUUCCAUUUGA